UUUUAAAAAUUUAUUGAAAUGAAUUUAAUUAAUAAGUCUUUGUUAUUUUCUUCAAAACGUUCUUAUGUACAAAAGCGAUUUUUGAAGUAUAUACAAGGUCAAGAGCCGGAACCAAAAGUUCGAGAAUAUUUUUAUUAUAUUGACCAUCAAGGAAUGCUGUUUUUAGAUGAUUCUAAGAUGAAAAAUUUUACAUCAUGUUUUAAAGAAAAGAAGUUUUUAGAAUUUUUUUUUAAGCGUCUUCGGUUGAAUAAAACUGGAAAAUAUGAAGAUGAAUUUCCGUACAUAUCAUUAUGUGGAAGAGAGAGAAAUUAUAUUCGUUGUGAUGAUGUACCUAUUGUUUACACGCACAUUAUUUCAAAAAGCAACCCAGAAGUCGAUUUUUUAACAUUUGGUUACGCUGGUGAACUGUUGAUGUCACAAUUUCAACCUGAAAAAGUUUAUAUGUUACCUACUACUGGUAGAGUGUAUCAUCCAGCGGAUGAUAAGUAUGGAGGCAUUGGACUGAUUAGAUCAAAACUUUCUAUUGAAAUAAGUAAAAAUUUUACAUUUAGAAAUGGUGAAACUGAACCUCCAACGAAUUUUAUUUGGAAGAACAAAAAUUACCAGUUAGAUCAGCUGUGGUUUUCAGAUGCAGUUCAUAAACAUAAUAUUACAAUAAAAUCGGUUCCUGAUUAGAUUCUAUACUUAAAGAUUAGUUACAAAAAAGAAGUUAAAUAAAAAACUGUUAUAAGUAUGAUAAUAUAUUAAUUUUAAUA